CGGCGGCGUCACGUGAGGCGGCGGCCGGGAGGUGAAGCGGGGCGGGCGGCGCCAUGGACCAGGCCGGGAAGGAGAAGGAGGCUCUGCAGCUCCUGGCCGAGGCCGACAAGAAGGUGCGCGGCUCCCAGUCCUUCUUCGCCGGGCUCUUCGGGGGCUCCUCCAGGAUAGAGGAAGCAUGCGACAUCUACGCGCGAGCGGCAAACAUGUUCAAAAUGGCCAAGAACUGGAGCGCCGCAGGGAAUGCCUUCUGCCAGGCAGCGCAGCUCCACCUUCAGCUGCAGAGCAAGCAUGAUGCAGCUACCAACUUUGUGGACGCAGGCAAUGCCUUCAAGAAAGCCGACCCGCAAGAGGCCAUUAACUGUUUGAUCAGAGCUAUCGAGAUCUACACAGACAUGGGCCGAUUCACCAUAGCCGCGAAACACCACAUAUCGAUAGCGGAAAUCUAUGAGACGGAGCUGGUGGAUAUCGAGAAGGCAAUAGCCCACUACGAGCAGGCUGCGGAUUACUACAAAGGGGAAGAGUCCAACAGCUCUGCUAACAAGUGCUUGCUGAAAGUGGCCACCUACGCAGCUCAGCUGGAGCAGUACCAGAAGGCCGUGGAGAUCUACGAGCAGGUGGGGACCAGCGCCAUGGACAGUCCGCUGCUGAAGUACAGCGCCAAGGAGUACUUCUUCAAGGCGGCCCUCUGCCACUUCUGUAUCGACAUGCUCAACGCAAAGCUGGCCGUGCAGAAGUACGAAGAGAUGUUCCCGGCUUUCACGGAUUCCAGGGAGUGCAAGUUGAUCAAAAAACUGCUGGAUGCUCACGAGGAGCAGAACAUAGACGGCUACACUGAUGCAGUAAAGGAAUACGAUUCCAUCUCCCGCCUGGACCAGUGGCUCACCACCAUGCUGCUCCGCAUCAAGAAGACCAUCCAGGGCGAAGAGGAGGACUUGCGUUAAGCGGCGGCCUGCCCCUUCCUUCCCCGUUAAAGGCAAUUCUCCCCGCGCAGCUCCGCGGGGAGACUGGGAGGGGGGAGGGCGAGGUCCAGAGGGAGAAGGAGUCGGACUUCAACUACCAUUAACCUUUCCCGCGGCCCUUUCCCCCGCGAUCCAAAGAGCAGAGCCGCCGGGCCGGCCCGGAGCCUGUUGUAGGGGAAAAAGCCCCAAAGCGACCCAUUUUCUGCUCUUCCGAGUGGCCCCGGCCUGCCUUCCGCUCCCGCCCCCAGGGCCUGGCUUCCACCCUCCCCUCACUGUAAAUGAACCCGCUUCAGGUAUUUAAUUCUGUAAUAUAUUCCCUACGCGUUGAUUUUAAGCUUCAGCGGCCAGCCCGCAGCCCCCUCUCCCCCCCCCCCCCUUCUUGCCCCACUGUUCAGCAGCCUCUCCCCACGGCGGGGACAGGGAGGGCGAGCGGCCGCGGUUCUCCGGGCCCUGCUUUGGGCCGCCCCUCCCUCCCUCGUCCCUCCCCGGGCGAGGAAGACGGAGGAUUUCUUUGCUCCCUUCCCUGGCUGGGGUGGUGGUGGGGAGGGGGCGGACGGUUCCCACGCAGAAUUGUGCGGAAGAGCCUGGUUUUAGGGUGUUCCCCCCUCCCCCCCGCCGCUGUGGCCGUGGGGCUGCCCCACUCUGCGCGCCGCUGUGGCCGUGGGGCUGCCCCACUCUGCGUGUGUCCCCCCCUCUCCCCCCGGGUUCAGCUGGGGGAGGGAGGCGCUGCGGCAUGUUUCACCCUGGCUGUAGCGAGCGUUUGCACCCGGCGAAUAAAACUUUGCAUGAGCGGAA